GAGGGUGAGGUAGGGGGUUCUGCAUGAGCUCCUUAAAGGACAAAGGUAACCGAGCUGGCGAGAGAGCGCGAGGGAGACUCUGACUUCAAACCAGAGAAUCGGUGGAAGUGAGAGCGCCGCCGCCGCUCUGCCUGCAGCGCUGUCUAUCUAACCGCCAGCAUCUUCCCAGCCGGGUCCCGGGGAGCAGGCGACGCAGGCGAGCCAAGCGCCAGCCGCUGCGGCUGCACUCGCGCUCACCAUGGGCUCGGCGCGCCGGGCGCUGUCGGUGGUGCCGGCCGUGCUGCUGGCCCUCACGCUGCCCUCGCUGCCCGUCUGGGCGCAGAACGACACGGAGCCCAUCGUGCUGGAGGGCAAAUGCCUGGUGGUGUGUGACUCGAACCCGGCCACGGACUCCAAGGGCUCCUCUUCCUCCCCUCUGGGGAUCUCGGUGCGGGCGGCCAACUCCAAGGUCGCCUUCUCUGCGGUGCGGAGCACCAACCACGAGCCCUCGGAGAUGAGCAACAAGACGCGCAUCAUUUACUUCGAUCAGAUCCUGGUAAAUGUGGGUAAUUUUUUCACACUGGAGUCUGUCUUUGUAGCACCAAGAAAAGGAAUUUACAGUUUCAGUUUUCACGUAAUUAAAGUCUACCAGAGCCAAACAAUCCAGGUUAACCUGAUGUUAAAUGGAAAACCGGUAAUAUCUGCCUUUGCUGGGGACAAAGAUGUUACUCGCGAAGCCGCCACCAAUGGAGUCUUGCUCUACCUGGAUAAGGAGGAUAAGGUUUACCUAAAACUGGAGAAAGGUAACCUGGUCGGAGGCUGGCAGUAUUCCACGUUCUCGGGCUUCCUGGUGUUCCCCCUAUAGAAUCCAUUUCUCCGUGGCGUUCACCAGGUGAGGGGCGGCUCACCACUGAGUUAUUGGAAGAUCAUUUUCUCAUCCUCGGAGUGAUGUCUUAUUGGUUUCAUGGGUCAGUAUGGAUUCUCUUUCAGGAUCCCAGGCUGUCCAGACCAAUCCAGCUUUACCGAUUACUUUUGCGUGCCUGCGCUCCCUAUGUGUGGAUCAGGACUCGGCAGACAAUUCCUAUCUGUGCGUCCGUGUAACCGUUAUAGACUAUCUGCAGAUUCCUUCUGAAUUUAAUUUCCUGGAAUUACUGAAUUCGUUGCAGAUGUGGAAUUUUAUCUAUUUGUUUUUAAAAGACUGGCAAGUGGGUCUAAGAAUGAGAAGAUGCAAGAGUUCCGAAUUCAAUCAACGGUUAGUGCGAGGCUGCCAAAGAGCUUACCUGUGUUGGUACAUUGGUCACGCGUGUUCUUAUUCCUUUGGACUCGGUUUGUUUUUGUUCAGUGUAGGUACCUGGGAGUUGUUUUGCGGUGACUGGUUUUGUGUUUUCUCUACCAAUAGGGUAAUGAAUGGCUUGCCCGCAAACUUACCCUAUGAGAUCCCCAACAUGACUUCCCUUGAAAAAAAGAAUGCUUCAUAGUUUUAUUUUAAUUAUAUAUGUGAAAGAGUCAUAUUUUCCAAAUUAUAUUUUCUAAUAGGAAGAAUAGGUCAUAAAUCUGACAAGGAAAUGUUGCUUACCUGAGUUCUACCUGCUCAACCCCCAAACUUCCCAAAACCGCUCUCCUCUACCGGAAAUCUUAUACUUUGUUGCUCGACUUUAAUUAACAUGAUUGAUGAUAAUCACUUUAUUAAACACCUAAGGGAUUUUUCCCCUUAGCCAUGACCACUUUAUUAACAGGUGAUGGGAUGCCCUUGUUUUUAAUUAUACCUAUGUUUCCAACCUUCUGUUGUGUUUGAAGUAUCAUCUGGUUUUGCCUUAACUCCUUGAAUUGUAUAUAUUUAUCUGUUUAGCUGAUAUGAAAUCCAAAUAUCCCAUAUCUAAACUUAGUGCAAUAUCUUAUUUUGUCUUUUGUACAGAUCAUAUGAAUUCAUAAAAUUAUUUAUGUCUCUGUUAUAGAAUAAAGGUUAAUAUAUGUUAGUUGAA